CCCCUGGACCGUGUGGCGCUGGAACAUGCGUAGCGAGCUGGACUGUGUUCCCUCCACGCCCCGGCUCGCUGGGUCUGGCCUAGCUGCCUCUGGAAGCCGAGGGGAGGCGUUAGAUACCCCGCUUAGAGCGCGGGGAGGGCUGUGCGCGGGUGGCUGGUGGAUGGCUCGGUCCGUGGUGCAGCGGAGCCCUGAUGACCUGGGGAGACUCUGAGCGGGAGGAGGAGGAGGCCCUUCGGAGCCGCGCUGUCCUGGGAUUGUCUCCUGACUGUCACCUGCUGCAAGGGCAGCGCGCCCAGUAGCCUCGGCAAGGACCUGUGACAUGCGAAUUAAGAUACCACUAGCUAGACAGCUGCUGUUGCCGCCAGACCACCGAUCCUACAAUUUGCGGAGAGGUGGGGCUUCCAAGACCUUGAAUGUAAGAGGAGUGCCAUCAAAAUCGUCUCCCCACCCCAACCUCCCCGAUGGCAUCUGAGGCAGAGCCCCACCCCCUGGGCAUGUUUAAAUGCCAGCUUUGUGCCUUAACAGCUCCUUACAGCUAUGUCGGGCAGAAGCCCCCAGACACCCAGGCUGUUGUCCUCCUGGAGGAGAGCUACAUCAUGAAGGAUCCCUUCUCCUCAGACAAGGCCAGGUUUCUGAUUCUCGGUUCUCGGUGCAGUGUGUGCAGCAGGCUGGUGUGUGUGGGCCCGGAAUGCAGCCUGUUUUACUCCAAGAGGGUCUGCCUCCCCUGUGUUCAGGAGAAUAUCAGUGCUUUCCCUCAGGAAAUCCAGCAGGAUGUGGAGAAGAGAAAGGGUGCCAGCAAGAAGCACUCCAGCCGUCCCUGACUGGCAGGGGCACAGCCUCCUGUGAAGCAUUGGGCUGGGCUGGGCCCGGAUUCCAGCUGGGAGCUGUGUAUCUGGUCUUCUCUGAACUGUGUGGGGUACGUGCAGCCUCAGGAACUGAGGAACUGGCCAAGACUGAGGACAGACAGCAGGAGUGUAGCCAGCUGGAGCUCCAGACCUGGCCGCUAGUGGAGGCCAGGAGUGAGGGAGAGGGGCCUCCAUUUGACAGCUGGUAGACACUUCCUGUAGAUGUACAUGCAGGCUUCACUCCAGACUUCCACAUAACACAGUGACAUCAUCUGUCAUCUAGGGAAAUCAGCCUCUGAGGGACAGAGGGUAUGCAAGGGUUAUGUCACAUCCUCUAUAACCGCCUUGGACAUGAUUUAAACCUUGACUCUGUAUCAUAUUUAUAAUUAAAAACCCGAAGGAUAAGCUA